AUGGCUCUCUCACUUGCUGCUCGCCGGGUAUUCAGUCCCGUCAAGACAAUGCGCAUCUCCACCCGGACCUUCUCGAGCCGUCCGGUUCUCCGCAGCUCCGACGACAAUCCCGCCUUCGCAUUUGGACGCGGCCCAGCUCCUCCUCGUCUACCCAAGGAAGAACAAGAGAUCUUCGAAGAACUUCAAAAGAAAUCUACCGGUGCCUUCAGUACCCCACGGACAACCCCUCAAAUUAACCAAUCACCCCACUCCGAACCCGCCAACGAAAAUCCCGAGUUUAAGGCGUCAGGAAACGGGGAGGAACUUCACCCAGAUUUGCGAGGCGGUCUUCAGCCUGAAUUUGAGGGGGAGCAGAACCCUAAGACAGGCGAGGUCGGUGGACCGAAGAACGAGCCACUGCGUUGGGGCGCUGAGGGUGAUUGGAGCUAUGGAGGUCGCGUCACCGAUUUCUAA